GAAAUAAAUUAAUAUCUUCUAUUUUGUGAUAACUUUAGAAUAAACGUAUGUAUAAAUUUGAGAUUUAAUAUGAUUAUAAAAACAUUGAAUUGGACGCACAUACCUACUUAAAAUAAUGAAUUAUUGAAUUGGAUUGGAUUGGAUUGAAAAAAGCAGUAUUCUGAGUUCUGACGUACUUUGGACGUACGUCUGAGCUUAAAUCCUAAUUCCCGGGGUUGUACAAAAUUGUGAGUAUUGAUUGUAAUGUUUGGAAAUUUUUCCGAUUUUCUUAAUUGUUGUAUCAAUUUCAGUGUUUAAAGGAAAGAGGUAAUUAAUUUGUGUACUUGGUUACUAGGAGCUAUAAAUGCUGUUUUAAAGGUUCACUAAAUAUGAAUAAUGACUACCAGAAAAUAAAAUUAAUAAGAAUUAAAUCCUUUAAUGAAAAGAGAAUAUAGAGAACAGCAUAAUAAUUGAUAUAAACAUUAAUAAUACAAGUUAAGGAAACAAAGCAGCAUGGAUGAUUUUGAAUUAAAAUGGAUCAUGGAGAAGGAAGAGGACCAGGUUUAGAGACCAUAAGAGCUUUACAUCAAACUGUCGUAGCCCUUAGAGCAGCUUUAGAAGAAAGCAAAAGUGAAAUUCUUGAAUUAAAAUCAAAAGCUUGGCCUGUAGACACAGUACAAGAAGCUUUGAGAACUUUGUCUUUGGAAAACCAUGUUUUGAGAAGGAAAUUAAUAAAUUGGAAUGGGGGAAAGUCUGAUAAAGCUAUUGAAACUGAAAAUGAAAAAACUGAUAGCACAAACAUUGAACCAAUAAAAGGAAACACAGAAGAAAUUCGUCCGCGGUAUUCUGCUGAAGAUUUGCAACAAUUAGAAAAUACGGAAAAUAUAAGCCCUGUUUUUGAUCAAUUGCAAAAGAAAAAAGUGACUAUCAUUUCUCCUAAACAAAGUCCGAAAAAGGGUAAACGUAAAAUUGAAGCAAAAAUUUCUAUCAAAACCGAAUCGAUCAGUACUAAAAAAAUAUCUAGAUCUUUGGAAAGUUUAACUAUAUUAAAAUCACCGUUAGAGAGUUCAAGAAAACUAUCUUUUUCUAAAACUUUCAGCUUUUCAAAUUUAUCCAGUCACAUCAAUCGAGAAUUUAAUUUCGAUAUUAAUCAAGAUACCAGCAUGAGCGAUAAGAAAGAAGAUGCAAAAAAACAAACAGAAAAUGAUAUAAAUGAGAAUACUUCAAUACCUGAAGAACCUCAAAGUCCACAAAAUGAUUUAGAGCAAGCGGAAGAGGUAGAUGAUAUAGAACUGAUAUUUACUACUGACGACACCAAAGAUUCAGAUUUUAAGGAACAGCUCGUUUCAAUCGAUGCUGGAGAUAGUGUGCAAGAGGCAUCUAAUAUCUUGCAGCUUCCAUUGAGUGAUGUGGAUCAUCUCGAUGCUUCUGAUAGAGAACUUGACGAUGACGUGUUUAACGAUAAUUUUGAAAAUGAAAAUCAGGAAAAUACAAAUUUUCAAUCCCUUGAAAUGAAACGUGGUAACUCUCAGAUAUAUGAUUCAAAAUCGGAUAACUCUAUAAAUCAAGAAAAAAGUUUAAAAAGCUAUUAUUCUUUGCAAGAUUCUAGUUUUGAGAAUAAGUCUUUAGAAAAAGAUGAAAGUUUCGAUAGGUUUGAUGACAGAAUACGCAUCGUGGAGACUGAUAUUUCCAAAUGUGGUAUACAUGAUGUUGAAUAUGUUGCUGGCAGAAGGAAUACUUGCCCUAAUCCUCUACAGUACAGGCCCCUUUUGCACAGAGAAGCCCUUUCAAAAGGGCUUACCGUGGGCAGAAAAAGCAGGCCGAUAUUAACUCAUUCAAAUGCAAUAAGAAAGGAAUCUGGAGCCCAGACAGACAUAUCAGCUCUCCCUGGGUCGUCUUGGAGGUCUGAGAGUAGUUUAGCAAAUAAGGCGAGAUUGGGUGAAAAUUUUACAACACUUCCAUCUAAGUUUCCAAUGCCCGGUUCUCGUCUCCGAUUAUCCGAGAAAACCGUAGAAGCAAGGAGGGUUUUACUCUCCGACAUAGGUUUUACCAGCAUGGUUCCAGAGUUGUCACGUUCAGCUGACCAUUUAUUUCCACCUAAUUUAAAGCCAGUAGGUCCAGCACCCACGUAUGGACAAUUUCUUAGAACUACAGAUUUAUAUUCCCCUGGAUGUACUUCUCAAAAAUUCACUUGGGCCGCCGCUGCUUCUCCCAGUGAUGGCAGUCAGACCCAGUCCCGGUACAGCAGCAUGUACCCAUUACCGUCACCGCCUGCUCCUUCAAGGCGAUGUUCAGCUCCAGUCUCUCCAUCUCGGAGAAAUAUAAUUAAGCAAACUCCGUCUAAAGUGAAGUUUGCUAAUGGGUCUUUGCCGGAGCUGAGGAGUGAUUGGACGGUGACCGUAGACAGCGGAGACUCUACAGACAGUCUGGUUGAGGAGGCCGAAAAUUAUCUUCGCAGGUCAAUCGACUGCAUUAUGACGGGAAGGGAUAUUGUUGCCUCAUCCUACAGUGAAGCCACAAAGUCUGUUCCAAGAAGAGCCUCUGCCCCAGAGCCUUCACGUGACAAUGUUCCACCGCCCGGUUGGCAACCGUUUCUACCUCGAAUUUCCAGGGAUUUGAAGCCAGAUCACUGGGUAAAAGUUAUAACUCAGGAAGGGAGGGUACGAGGAGGAAGGGUAAGGUAUGUCGGACCGGUCGUUUCGCAGACCGAGCAAUUUGUUGGGGUACAGUUAAGUAACCCAGAUGGAUACUGUGAUGGUACUUAUGGCAAUAGAAGGUACUUCCAGUGUGAGCCAUACCAUGGCAUUUUUGUAUCUUUCAAAAAAGUGAUCAUGGGUUGGAGGCCAUAGUAUUAAGGAUAUAUUCACAUGCUGC